GGUAAGCGACACGAUUACUGAGAAGCGCUUACACAUCUUAUGAACACAUUAUCGCACAUUUGUUGACUUAAACCUUGAAAUCGUCUGUGUUAAGCAUUUUGAAGACAUCUGACGGUGUAUACUCUUACUGAUGCAACGCUGAAGUCGAUCAACGAGCAACACAAUGUUUUGGAACGUGUUGUUGUUGUUGUCGGUUUAUGUCUUAACACAUUUUGCUUUCGUGAAUGGUGAUGUUCAAGCGAGAACUUGUGCCCAGAUCCCUGUAGAUGCUAGGCUGUCAUGUGGACAUGUCAACCAAACAGUUUGUGCCACGCUUGGUUGCUGCUGGAAUGAACGCGAAUUUAAUUCUUCUGUGCAGUGUUUUAAGAAAAGUAACGACAUAUUUCUCAUCAAAAAUACCACAAUUACCUGUGCCUAUUACAAGGGCCAAGUUUGCAAAAAAGCUUUCUCUGCAACUCUCUCUCAAUUGAGCCACUUACCAAGACUUCACAACGUGGAAAAUAACCUUGUUGAAGACCCUUUAAAAGCUACAGUGACGAUUAUCAAUAAAACUGUCACGCAUUCCGAAUGCAGAGAAUCGUUGAUUGCCUUGCUGUGCCAUCGCACUAUGCCACCAUGUCACACAAACAACGGCGUUACACAGCUCUGUGUCGGGGUUUGUAAAGAGUUGUUUUCAAAGUGUGGACAUUAUGUGGAUCAACUAGAAACUGCCAUGAAUCGCAUACCGGGUGGAAUGAAGUCCGAACUGUCAUUUCCAGGUUGUUUUGGGGUGAACAGCACCGACCAAAGUGAAGAAGAAAAUGGGACAUGUAUUAGGCUUACCUUGGAUGCAAAACAGCCAAUAAAAGUUCCUACGAUCCAUCCUACAAAAAGGCGCACUCCAGUUUUUGCAGGGACGAUUCCGCCGCCACGGGUAGAGUGUAAAGAUAUCACUCCGAAUGAGAAAGUGGGGUGCCUAGUACCGGAAAAUACAAACAUGACCACGUGUCUUUUUCUUGGAUGCUGCUGGAAUGAUACGGAAGCAGAUUCUGCAAAGAAAUGUUACACCAGAAGAGGAGGAUCCUGCAUGCCUUAUCGAGGAAAAGUUUGCCAAGUGUCAUUCAACUCGACCCUCCCAACUUACCGCAACAGUGACCGUUUCUUUGACAACAAAUUCGGCUUGCCAGCCACCGAAGAAUUUCUUUCUAGGGGUCUACAAAUAAUCAACACGCUUGUGAAGGACGACGAAAAGUGCAGAUACAUCUUAAUAAAUAUGCUUUGUCAUUAUACUGUGCCUCCAUGUUACUCGGAUGGCACAGACAUAAAGUACUGUAGGGAAGACUGUGCGGCCAUUUUCAAGGAAUGUAGCGCCCCCCUGAAUCAAGUGAUUGGUGCCGUGACGUUGCAUGUGGCUGCGGAAAAGAUUGAUUUUAUACAUACAAGUCUACCGAACUGUUCCGGGCACCAUAAGGAAGGACAUUUUGAAGACAAACCAGGAAAGAUCUGUAUCAAGACAGGCUUUUUCAAUUACACAGAGACCACGAUGGGUGCAAACACUGAGAAACCAACCCCACAACCUGGUAGUAAACUGGAAAUUAUCCUUCCAAUUGUCAUAGUUGGCCUUUGCAUUAUUUUGCUAUGUGUCAUCGUGGUCGUUCUUCUUCGAAGACGUCAGAAAAUGAGGGACGCUGUGGAUAAUGGGCAUGCGCUAUCCCACAAAGGUUCCAUCACCAUGAGGGACAGGUUACGAGCGGAGUCCCUGAAGAGCCUGGACUCGCGCUUGUUAGGACUUUAUGACCCGAAAAAACUGAGGCAAUACAAUUUGGACCAUGUACAGUACGUGAAAGAUUUGGGAGAAGGUUUCUUUGGAAAAGUUUUUCAAGGUCGCGCUUCGGGUCUGAAUGAUAAACAACCCAAAAAGGUUAUUCCUGUGGCGGUGAAGGCGCUGAAGGACGAAGCGUCCAAGGAACAGAAAGAAGAGUUUUACCGAGAAGUAACUCUGAUGUCCAUUCUUACACACCCAAAUAUUGUUCAGCUUCUAGCUGUGUCAACCGAGGAGGAACCCUAUGGAAUGCUGUUUGAGUUCAUGAGUGGCGGGGAUUUGAAUCAAUAUUUGAGGAAUGCACUACCAGCGGAAACAUCGCUUGAAUCCAGCGAGAAAGGGAAAGUUUAUCUCUCUCAAGAAUCCCUUGUGUCUGCCGCAACCCAGAUCGCUGCUGGCAUGCAUUAUUUAGCCGAGAUGAAAUUUGUUCAUAGGGACUUGGCGACUAGGAACUGUUUAGUCGGAGAUGACUUCGUUGUGAAGAUUGGAGAUUUUGGAAUGUCACGUGAUAUUUAUACUACAGAUUACUAUAAGAUGAGUAAAGAAACAUUGUUGCCCAUCCGCUGGUUGGCUCCUGAAGCUUUUCUGUACGGCAAGUUUAGUCUCCAGUCGGACGUAUACGCAUAUGGUGUGGUACUCUGGGAGAUUUUCACGUUUGGUCUUCAGCCGUAUUAUGGUUAUACUAAUAAAGAAGUGAUGGAAUUUAUUCAAAAGGGUAUUCAUUUAGGGAAACCAGACAACUGUCCGGACUUCGUAUACGCUAUAAUGAAAGAUUGUUGGAAAAAAGAACCAGAGAAGCGUUUGGAAUUUACAGCUAUAGGCAUGCGUCUAAAAGACCCUUACCACGUUUAUGACAUGCCUCCCGCUUCAGAAUCUGAGGAAGAACUCGAGCAAAGAGAGGAAGCAAAAGAAGGCGACGAGAUCUUGUCAUCAGACACUGGAAACUACGACAUCCCCAGAAAUUCUGCCUCAAGUGAUUACGACAUCCCGCGUGCGAUAACGUUAGAGUCAGAUUACGACGUGCCGAGAUCAAACGAAGAUAUUCGAAUGAGCACUGCCGAUGACGACGACGACGACAACGACGACGAGGACAAAGAAGCUCCGAAAGAUGUUCCAGUUUGAUUUGUUUACCACCACAUAAGAACAAUCUCGUCGUUAUACAACUAUCAAAUGGACCAUAAAUGAAUUCACACGAGGCAUGUAAACUACGUUGUUAGAUUUUUUGACUAGUUGCUUUAGGAAUUAUAAAACUCGACGCAGUUUACCGUGACAUCAUUUUUGCAAUAUGUUGUAUCUUGUAUGUCAUAUCUACCCAUAUUUAGUGAUGUUUUGGUGACUGAAAUUAUGAGAUUCCGUGGGGCCUUCUAGACCUCUCUUCAGCCGCAUCUGCACCUGCAAAAAUUGCCUUUGCUGAACCAAUACUUCGUUGAGAAAUUUCUCCUGGCAAUUUCUUGUCAAGGAGAAACUUUUCAAAGACGCAAUUUGUCAGUGUAGAUAACUUGACAAGGAAAAUGGGGAGGACUUCAGAGAAAUUUAAUCCUACUUCAAUAAGCUUGGUCAACGCUGAGGACAAGGGUAUUUUUUUCCAGCUUGACAAGUGCAUUGGCAAACAGAAUUUGCUCGUUUUAAUGCGGCUUUUCUCAUGCUUGAUGGAUUUAUCAGUCAGCAACGCUCACGUGGUAAUAAAUAAUUUCCAAAAAAAUAUUUAUAAUCUUGCAAAAUCAACAGACGUAAAAAUUCUACCUGUUUUGCCUUAAUCGACUUAAAAUUCAUCUCGAGGAAUUGAUUGCCUCUUAAUUUCAUAUAUUUACCUUGAAAUUAAAUUCAACUCCAGCCACCCUUAACAGUUUAUUUUUUAUUUGAUACCAAAAUCUCGAAUUACAAUGCAACAGAAUCGUUUGUCUGUCAGAACAUUCGCAAACUUUGUGAAGUUUUUCUCUUUUCUCUUAUUAAUUAUAGUCGUUAUGAAUAGAUGCUUCUGAUGAUUCGUGUUGUUUGGACCUAAUACAUUGUUAACUGCAUACAGAAACGAUGCGUUUCCAUGGCAGUUAAAUCCUAGUAAGUGAGCUCACUUAGCAUGGACCUGAGAAAUACCUUGUUUUAACAUUUAAAUUACAAGUUUUGACCAAAAAUAUUGGACAAAAACCCCUCUUGACCACUAUACAAAUUGUAACAGUGUAUUAUCAGGCCUAAGGUAAUAUCAUACACAAGUAAAACUUUAUAUUUUGUUCUUUCAUAAAAUUUUUGCACUAGGUUCGUGAUCAAAAUUCGAUCCAUGUAAUCAUUUAGUGCGGUCUUUUUUGAAUUUCUGUUAUUUCCUAUAACUUGAUGAAGGUCAGAAAGGAAGCUAAUAGAUGGAGAAUUUAAAGAAGGCAUUAAAACACUUUAUAUUCUCUAUCAGGACGUAGUUGUAGAGACAUGAAAUCAAACUGACCAACGACUCCAUUAAUAUACCUGAAAACGUUAGCGUAUCACUAUUAAUUAAGUAAUUCUUUUGGAAUAUUUUAUUCAAACCUACACAGUUGUCAAAUCUUGUUCUGUGAUAGUUGAAAUAUGAAUUAGAUCUCAAAAAUAAGGCAAGUGUAAAACAUUUUUGUAUGUUAGUAUAGUAAUUGUAUUGUCAGAAGUAUUGAAUAGAAACAUUAUUUUAGGAA